CAAUACCAACCUUCCUUCUCCCUCUCUCCACUACUUUUCCUUUCUUUUUAUGUCCUCCUUUUUCCUUUUCUUCUUUUUGUUCCCCCUUGUUCAUAUUCUCUAUUUACUAGUAUAAGAACCCAAACUGGGAUGCUGCUGCUAUUGUAGGCUCAAUUGGGUGCCCCCAACUCUUCUUCUGUACCACCUUCACUGUCUUUUUUUUUAUGGAGAAACUUAAUUUUGUUAAGGACGGUGUGCUAAGAUUGCCUCCUGGAUUCCGGUUCCAUCCGACCGAUGAAGAGCUGGUGGUUCAGUACUUGAGAAGAAAGGUGCUUGCUUGGCCUUUACCGGCUUCCAUCAUUCCUGAAGUUGAUGUUUGCAAAGCCGAUCCUUGGGAAUUACCAGGUGAUUUGGAGAAAGAGAGGUACUUCUUUAGCACGAAGGAAGCCAAGUAUCCCCAUGGGAAUAGAUCCAACAGAGCCACACUUUCGGGUUAUUGGAAAGCAACCGGAAUCGACAAACGAAUCGUGACUUGUAGGGGCAACCAAGUGGUUGGUAUGAAGAAAACUCUGGUUUUUUAUAGGGGAAAACCCCCACAGGGAAGCCGGACCGACUGGAUCAUGCAUGAAUACCGUCUGGUUAACGGAGAAACAACAGCCUGCAAUGCCCCACACAAGAACCAAACUCCGAGCCAUAUGGUGGCCGUGGAAAACUGGGUGCUGUGCCGGAUAUUUUUGAAGAAAAGAAGUGGUGGCAGUACUAAAAACGACGAACACAGCAACAACAGCAGCAACGAGAAGGGAGUAAGCAAAGCAAAGACAAUGAGGCCUGUUUUCUAUGAUUUCCUGACCAGGGAGAGGACUGACUUAAAUCUCCCUCCUUCAGCCUCUUCUUCUUGCUCCAGUGGGAUCACAGAAGCUUCAAAUAAUGAAACGGAUGACCACGAAGAAAGCAGCAGUUGCAAUACUUUUCCAUAUUUCAGAAGAAAACCUUAGGAAAAAAAACCCAGUUUCGCACUUUUGGUUUUCAUCAUGCAUCAGCACUUGGGCUUCUGAUUACCCAAUCAGAAUAAUAACCCUCUUUUGAACAAAAGAGUUCAGCAUGCGUUAACUAUUAUUUGAAUAGCAAAACUUUGUUAAGCACAUGGUUCAAAAGUUAAACAAAUGUCAUCGUGGAACAUGUUAUGAUUCA